GUUUCGCAUAUGUAAUAGAGCACAUGGAAGAGGACGAAGAUACGUCCCGAGCCAUUCCUAAGUGGGUAGAGCUCGAGUACAGCCAUAUGAGGACUCUCGCGGGCCCAGAAUCUGAGGUUCACUUCACGCAUCUAUCCAAGUCUUCGUGCGACACUCUUACAUCACUCUUCACGCAAUUCGCCGCGGGUGAAGCUGCCUUGGGUGUUGCGCACCCAGAAGGCGUUCUAGAGCUUAUGAAGGCGCGAGGUGUUUCACUUGAUAAGGUCUGUCUCCUCGACCCGAAGGCCGAGAAGCCACUUGCGCCAGAGGAUGGCGACGGCCGGUUCGAGUGGUUCCUGUUUGGUGGUAUUCUUGGCGAUGACCCGCCGCGCGACCGCACUGGCGAAUUGCGCGGGCUGGGCUUUCCAAGUCGACACUUGGGCCCGAUACAAAUGACGACCGACACUGCACUCGGCGUUACCAAGCUUGUGGUGCGCAACAAAAUCCCUCUUGACAAGAUCCCAUACGUCGAUCAUCCCACCAUUGUUUUCAAUGCCAAGGAGAGCGUAGAGAUGCCGUUCAGAUAUGUCGUGAAAAAUGGACAGCCCAUCCUUCCACCGGGCAUGCACGAACACCUUUACGAAGACCUCAACCAGAGCUUCGAUUUCUGAGCAGCACUCCCCUCCAAAAGUGUAAAAACUACUUGGUGAAUCAAAUUAUAUACAAGGGUAUCCGAUAUAAUGUGCGAGACGCUAAGUUACACAUGCACCUAAAAUACAAAUAAAAAAUCCAUACAUAGAUUGGGGUGAGACUCGUUUUAUUGCGCAUCAUCGUGCUGCAGUUCCUGGCAGUGAUUCCGCGGUCUGCAGGGCCCAUGAUUGGAUUUCUUCGAGGGGUAUUUCCUUCCAUUUCUUCUCUACCUAAACACAUGUUAAGUAUAUAUCGCAUCGUGGACAAAAAGGCAGAAUGGAUACCUCCUCCAGGACAUCGAGCAACUUCCCACAUUCCUCGUCUGCCGCGUCCCUCGCCUGAACAUUCGCUUGCAUUUCAGUCUGGAGCUUUCGAUUGCGCUGAUCAAGCUAGAAUAGCAAAGCAAUCAGG